UAUACUCUGCUGUGCAGCAAUCUUCAUCUUUGUAAGCCAACCGUGUGGUGCCGCAGUCGCACCUUUCCCCAAAAAUGAAUGGCCAUGCGUUAUAGGUUGCAUGGGCUUCAAUACCACAUACACGACGGACUCUCCCAAUAUGCGUGCGAUGAAGUGUGAUGCGGCUCUUCCAUGCCUAUUUAGUUGAAAGGCCCUUAGGCCGCUCUCCAGUUUACAAUGUUCACCUCAAUUGAGCGAAAACUAAUCAAUCCCCUUUCGCUGACUUGAUCCUCUCACCGAACAUGCCUAAGGAUCACAGAUCUUCCCGUCAUGGCAAGAGUCAUGAAGGAGGGAGUUCCCGAAAUCCUGGUCAGGGUCAAACACCGACGGCGUGGUCCGCAUGGAUACUCGAUCCGCAAGGUAGGGGUUAUUACUGUUGGCGGACCGGUUCAAAUGGCCAAAGUAAGCUUAUGUUGAAAUGCAAAUAGGUGGUAGAUCCUUUCGCUUAUAGAGACAUUAUAGUUGAGUACAAUUACGAUACUAGCGAGAACGAUCCCUACCCCAGAUCAACAACUAAUAUUGAUGAAUUUUCCACCACCUUGUCCACCACGAAUAUCUCCUCGAAUAACGAUUCUCAAUACUCUCCUUCUUCGACAGGUGAGGAGACCUAUGGACUAUAUGGUUCCAAUAAUUCUAGCUCCGGUAGGUUUCUCCCAAAUAACCUGUUUUCAAUCAUAAUUGAGGAUAACUAAGCAUCAAAAGCAUACCCAUUAGCAAAUUCUACUUCCGGCACCUACCCAGCUAGCAGCAAUUCUUAUGCUUCUACAAAUGCCAACUAUUCUGUUUCGUCGAAUCCCUAUACAGGUACCUCCACGUUCUCAUCUGACCAGAAACUGUGUUUAUUGUUGUAGGGGGGUCAAACUCUACUACUAUUCCCAACUAUGACCAAGGCGGACGAAUCAGCUAUCCAUCUACCUUGAGAAGCGGAGCGAGAGAAUACGGUUACUCUCAGAGCUCCGGGAGUACCCCCACGGCCAACUAUCAAGGCCCAUCAAGUGUUACCUCUUAUCCUGGACCGUCGAAUUAUCAACAGUCUACAGGUACCAGUGAACUUGUUCUGAUUUUACAACUUUGAAGCUGAUAAACUUCUAGCCUACCCGUCAUCUUAUCAGCCAACCUCCCAACAAAGUUUCCAGCAAGACUACACAUCGGGUCAGGGAAGUUCGAACCAAGGUUCCGGUUCCAGGAGCAGUGGUAAAAGCAAAAGUGGUGGCAAAAGUAUGCUUGCUGGUUUUAGUGUUUUGCAUUCAAAGAAUUUCAAGCCAGGCCAAGUUUUCAAGGUACUCUGGUCCGAGCCUAUGGGUUCGACUGCUUCGGGCCAGACAGAGGUUACAAAUUUUGAAGAAUACGAUACGAGGGGACAAACGGUGUCUACUAAGAUACGUCGCUUCAUAGUCAUUCGCAGUGGUAGAGGACAUUCCCAGUGUGUGUAAGUAGAACGAACUCCUUUACUAAAUGUGCUUUAUCUUGAAUGCCAGACUGAGCGAUGUAAUUUUAGUCCUAUCCUCACGUAUGGGUUCCGAGGCCUCACCAAACCCGGUGUUCAGGUUGAUGAGCAUGCCAUCAUAUAUACGGAAUAUCCGGAAUCCGUGGAUGGCGAGAGUGUCAUUGCAAAAAACGCCAUUCGAAUGGUUCCAAAGACCCCCCAGGAUAAGCUCAAUUAUGCUUCGCGUAUCAACUAUGCCAAAAUUUAUACUAUUGAGCAUAAUAUCCCAGUCAGAUUCAUAGGUCACAUUGCCGAGGAGUGCCAGAAGCAAUUCUCCUUGGAUUAUGAAGAGCAGGGGAACAGCAUGAUCAGAUUUGAGUAGUUUGCAAAAAGAAAGGAGCGGUUUGGGCUAUAUUAACCGAAAACGCUCACAGCAAGUUAUCAAUACGUUGGGCACUUUUGGUUGCCGGGGAUAAGGUAAAGUAUUUUCAUUGUGUUAAAGAUCAACGUUGAACUAGAUGGAACUCCAAGACUGGCGUGUUGAGCUCCAUACAAAUCUACCUACUCCAUAUGUUUGCUUUUACGAGGUUACGGCCGAAGGAUGAAGAUUGAGUAUAAAGACAGACUCCUAUGUUGGAAUGUGAGGGUAUCAGGCCCGAGACAUCUGUUUUGAUGUUUCAUCUCGUUAUAUACACGACUUCCUACGUUUGCUUUAGCGAACAAUGAAUUAACG